AUGGGGGUUUUGAACUUGAAUGAGCAAGUUGGGGAAGGUGAGCGCUUAGAAGCACUUGCGGUGGACGAUCGAUGGACCGGAUUCGUCGUACUCUUGCUUGGAGAUGCACAUCUGUUGGAAGGUGGAGAGGGAAGCGAGGAUGGAUCCUCCGAUCCAGACGGUGUACUUGCGCUCUGGUGGAGCGUUGAUCCCGAUCUUCAUGGUGCUGAAAAGAGAAGGGAAUUAGAAUUUGAAGAAUCGAAGAGUUAUAGAAACUUACGAUGGGGCAAGAGCGGUCAUCUCCUUUUGCAUGCGAUCAGCAAUUCCUGGGUACAUGGUGGUUCCUCCGGAGAGAACAAUGUUGGCGUACAAGUCCUUACGAGUGUCAAUAUCGCUCUCCAUGAUGGAGUUGUACACAGUCUCGUGGAUUCCGGCAGACUUCAUUCCCAAGAAGGAUGGCUGAAAAUGAUUGGGAUUGAAUGA